UACUAUGCUAUUGAUCCUGCUCCUCAUCCCACAACUUUUUGCACUUUCUCCACUCCAACCGUGCUCACAGAGCCCAUCAAUAACCUUCCGCGGAGCAAAUGAUGUGACAAGAGCCGGUGGAACACCGGCUCUUUUUGUUUUUGCUCCGUUGCAGUGUGCGAAUUGUUAUAAUUUCUUGAGGCGCCUCAACGACCUCGCCGCAUCCCGGGCGUACCGAAUUCACGUGGUUGCUCCGGAUUUCGAGUCGAACCACAUAAUCCAGAGAACCUCGUCUGCUUUCCCAAAUCUGCAAAUCGACAGAGCCGGUGAGGGUUGGCCAAGGCUUGGAGCUCAGAAUUUCGAUGCUUUUGUGCUUGAUGGCUGCUCCCGCGUCACAGACACCUACCAGUGGCCACAGUCCGAUGUGGUGACGUCACCAGACAUUCAGAACGCCCUGAACUCUGCCACCUCAUCAAAAUGCAACAACGGAGGAGCCCGGUGCCAGAUGACGUCACCGGCAGCGGCCUCGAAAAAACGGGUCAACGCAUGGCUGAAAGAGCAGCAGGAGGCGGCCGCCGAGCAGCAGAGAAGAGCCCAAACUCAGAUGCCACGUCAUCAGCAGCAGUACCAGGCUCCACAGCAGCAGCAGCAGAAUUAUCACCAAAAUUCGCAAAAUCCAUAUCAACAGCCGAAUUAUCAACAGAAUCAAUAUCAGCCUCAGCUACAACAAUUCCAGCAAAAUCCACGUCAGCAGCAACACGUCUACAGUAACCCUCAACAGGGCUACCAGCAGAACUACCAAAACCUGUACACCCCACCGCCGGCUCAACAGGCUCCAAUUCCAACGGAAAAAGUGACGACUACCACAACCGCCACCGACUACGACUACUAUCCCAACGAGAAUGAGGACGCCGCAGUGACGACAACUCCAUCAACUCAGACCCAAAUCCCUCGUCCACCAUCACAUGGCUCCGCAUGGCCAACAUUUCCUCCACACCAACAAUGGACACCGCAAGGCUAUCCAUAUGGUUACCAGCAGAAUCCAAAUAGCCCACCGAAUCCGGCUCUGAUGAUGGACGCGAAUCUACCGUGUAGUGCAUUUACUGAUGACAUUUGCCAUCAGCAGCGCGAGCAAAUGGGAUCCCUGGUGUCCAAGUGCUGUAACAAAGGCAUCUACCUAACCGACGUGUGCAUUCCCGGAAAAUGCUCCAACAGUACGACACAGCUGUGCUGUUUCCAGAAGUUUUUGCAGGCCAAAUACUCGUGCUGCAACGACCCAACCCAAGACGAGGGUGCUCCAAAGCUAACCAACAAGUUUAACAAAUGCUGUCAUAACCUGUUCGUGACCGAUGACGCAUGCUGCCCUCAGGCCGCAGCUCGUCGGUACUGGUCGACGGCCUACGAAGUUUGUAUGCCUACAGUAACCGUCGACUUCUCGCCGGUCCGAUUCGAGGUAAAGUUCGACGAUGAGAAUCGCGGUAGAAAGGUGCACUUCACAGAAGGAGUCCGAGUGCUCGACCUGUCCGUGGAUAGGCAAUGGGAAUUCAAUUGCACCUACGGUGACAAGCAACCGCAGUUCGCCUACCUGCCGGUCGACGUGCCUACAGUCAAGCCUACGCCUGUUCGAGGGCUUUAGCUUUGGCUAGACAAUUUUGGGGAAGAGAUUUUUUUGUAUAUAUAGGUGCUGAGAAUGAAGUUUUUUUAAAAAAUAAAUC